AUGUCGAGGAUACAACAACAAACAAAGAAGCCCAUCAAGAGGGUGGCCGUAAUCGGCGCGGGCCCUGCCGGCGCCAUUGCCAUUGAUGCCCUCGCUCAAGAAAGGACGUUUGAUCUCAUCCGCGUGUUUGAGAGACGUGAAGGACCGGGAGGAUGCUGGAUCGGCGACGACAACCGCCCACAACCCCUCACGAGCUUCGCCUCUCUUACCUCCCGCACCGCCGACCCACCCGUUCCCAUCCCGCACACCCUCCCCGCCCUAACCCCCAAGCUGGACCAGCCGCGCUUCACCGAAUCCUCCGUCUACCCUUACCUGGAAACCAACGUCGACGCCAUUCCCAUGCAAUUCAGCCAGGAACCUUUUCCACCAGAAAAGAGUCAGUUUUCCAUCGACAUGCACGGUCCCAACACGCCGUUCCGCCACUGGAAAUCCGUAAGGGGGUAUAUUGAAGGCCUGGUAAACCGGAACGGGUACCAGGAUCUGGUGUCGUAUAAUACGACUGUCGAGCGGGUGGAGAAGGUCGGCGACGAGUGGAAGAUUACCCUCCGCAAGGAAGGACAGCAGAAGGAUUACUGGUGGACGGAGUGGUUCGAUGCCGUGGUGGUGGCUAGUGGCCAUUAUUGGGUGCCCUGGAUUCCGCAAGUAGAGGGCUUGGAGGAGUUUGAGAAGAUGAGGCCUGGGAGUGUACUGCAUAGUAAACAUUUCCGGGGGAGGGACUUGUAUAAGGGGAAGAAAGUAGUAGUAGUAGGCGCCUCCGUCUCAGCCGCCGACAUCGCCUACGACCUCGCGCACAGCCGCGUCGCCCAAACCCCCGUGCACGCAAUCACAAUCGGGCACAACUUCAACGGCUACUUCGGCGACGAAGCCUUCCGACACCCGCGCAUCGAGAACCACCCGUCCAUUUCCCAUGUCUGCGCCAAAACCCGCACCGUUUUCUUGGUAGACGGCACCUCCAUCCCCCAGGUCGACCACAUCAUUUUCGGAACGGGUUACUCAUGGACUAUGCCCUUCCUGCCGCAGGUACCCAUCCGCAAUAACCGCGUGCCGGACUUGUACCAGCACGUGGUCUGGCAAAAGGACCCUUCCCUUUUGUUUGUCGGUGCCGUUGGCGCGGGCUUGACGUUCAAGGUUUUUGAGUGGCAGGCUGUUUACGCUGCUAGAAUUCUCGCUGGUCGUGCACAGGUUCCUGAGGUAAAGGAGAUGCGGACUUGGGAAGAAAACAGAAUUAGAGAACGGGGUGAUGGACCGAGGUUUAGUUUGAUUUUCCCGGAUUUUGAAGAAUAUUUUGAGACGUUGAGAAGAUUAGCUGGGGAGGGAGAGACGGCUAGGGGCGUGGGGAGGGUAUUGCCUAGGUUUAGGCCGGAGUGGUUUAGGGCGUUUAUGGAGGGGCAUGAUCUCAGGAAGAGGAUGUGGAGGAGGGUUAAUGAGGAGGAUAGGAUGGAGGAGGAGGGGGAGAAGAAGGUGUUGGAGGGGGAGGUUAGGGCGAAGUUGUGA